AUGGCAAAGCUGCACGACUUGGUUUACUGCCAGUUAGUGGGCGCUUCGGGAGAGAUUCCUGUGUGUGGAUGGGUAAUCGCAGAGAUUGAAGGGGAUAUUGUGCUGGCUACCGCGCCGAACGCUGUGACAUCCUUGGACCAGAAAUUGGAAGUCACCGUUGGAGAGGUUCGGGUUGGCUUGGUUCGUGUCCCCGCUUCUGCGGCUUCUCUUAGCUCCCCUUCUACUUGGGAAGGCCUUAGGCCUGCUGAGCUUCCAGUGUUGAGCGCCGCCCAACCUGCAUGGAAGAAGUCAAAGGAGGCAUUCCUAGAGAGCAGCGAGGCGUCGGCGCCGGAGGCAUCUUCAAGGAAGGUAAGGGGCCGCAAGUCCCUGGCUUCGGAGUUGGCAGGGCUGCAGGGCCUUUUUGCUCAGAAGGGGGUCGAGGGAUCGGACGACGAAGACGACGAGGAGAGCGACAACGAGAUUCUUUUGCUGAAAGGUCCGAAGAACCGUUACCUCCCGCCAGGUGGGAGUGCCGAAGGCAAGGUCAAGAAAGAGAAGAAGCCAGCUUCCGGACACUCGAGCGCAGUGAUGAAGGACCUCCUGCAGCAAAGCCUGGCCCAUGGCCAAAACCCUUCCGAGAUCCUGCCCGUGAUGAUGCUGGCCAUGCUCCUCGACCGGGACAAGGACAAGGGUGGCAAGAAAAAGCAUCGCAAGGUGAAGGACGACGAGGGCUUAGACUUCCUUGGUGGUUCCGACUCAGAGAGCUCAAGCGAAGGCGAGGGGCAAAAGGGAAAGACUACUGGGAUGAGAGCCGUCUCCAGCCUGCGCAAGAUGCAUCGCAGGGUGAGGAAGCUUGAGAUUGCAUGGAGUGAUGUGGUGGUUGCCUGUCAUCGAGUCCCCGUGUCUGAAGAGGCUGGCUUGGCUGAGCACCUGUUGGCGUCUCGCAUGGCGGUGCUGGUUCCGGAGCAAGAUUUGCCCCGUACGGAGGCGGGCCGGCUUCUGACAGGUGGACUGUUCUGUGUGGGCAAAAAUGAGCGCGAGGACAGACUAAUCUUUGAUCGCAGGCCGGAGAAUGCGACCAUGGAGAAGCUCAAAUGGGCGGAGCUGCCCAGUGGUGCAAUUCUGUGGGUCGUCGAGUUUGUCCCGAAGUGGUUCGACGUUUUGGCGGUGAUCCAG